AUGAGAGCCUUACUCAGUCCGUUCCUCCUGCUGCUGCCUUUGCUCGUCGACGCCCAGCGUUUCGUGCGCUUCAUCUCGACAGACAACAGAGAAUACUACGGCGACGCGAUUCUUCCUGCUGGCAGUACCGACGCAGCGAAGAGCACGGCUGCCCGUGUCAUUGUUGGGGACAUUCUGGGAGAUUUCAAAGUCACCAAACAAGUCAAGCCCAUCAAGAAGCUUCUCGCGCCCCUUCCUAGCGAACGAGUCAAGACCGUUCGGUGUGGAGGGCAUAACUAUGUUGCCCAAAAUAAUCAAACAGGAAAUGUGAUUCCGCAAUGGCCCAUCCUUUUCUACAAGCCAUCGACGUCGCUGAGUUCACCAAGUGACCCUAUUCCUGUCACAGAGGGCUAUCAAACGCAAGGAAAUUUUACUUCGACGAUGGACUAUGAGACGGAGCUCGUCAUAAUAAUCGGGAAGAAGGCGUUCAACAUCUCUGAAGAUGAGGCUCUUGACCAUGUUCUGGGCUACUCGAUUGGUAACGACGUCUCGCACAGAGGGUGGCAAAUCGACCGUGGUGGUGCGCCCCGACCACAGUACUCGAUGGGUAAAGGAGCGGACGGAUGGGCACCAUGGGGCCCGGCGAUCGUAUCGACCAGCAUUAUCCCGGACCCACAGACGCUCAGGCUCUGGACAAAAGUCAACGGGGUCGUUAAGCAAAACGAGACUACGGCGAACAUGAUUUUCGGCGUGAAGCAGAUCGUCUCAUUCUUCUCAAUGGGAACGACCCUACUGCCUGGGGAUGUUAUCUUCACCGGAAGCCCGGCUGGUAUCAACUUCGGCAAGCCUGACCCAGAAUGGCUGCAGGACGGCGACGUCAUUGAAGUCGGACUAGAAAAUGUUGGCACCUGCACGAAUACGUUGAAAUAUACGUGA